AUGGACGAUUUCCUUUCUACCCCGCCGCCGCCUCCCCGGGUGCAGAGAGUGGAGCAGGGCUCAGCGCGAGGAGAGGCUCUCUCACACAUCACGGCCCUCGAAGACCGGGUCACAGAGCUGGAGAGGGAAAACCUGCAGGCCCUCCAGCACUCCCAGGCUUCUGAUCAUGCCAUGGCCAGGCAGGGGUCGGUGCUCCUGGAGUUUCGCAGGCAAGUAGAAGAUUUAGAUAAUAGAGGGAGGCGCAAUAACAUUAGGGUCAGAGGCCUCCCUGAAGCAGACAAUGAAGACUUUGGGGAUGUCCUCCCACAGCUGUUUACCCACAUCCUAGGGGAAGAGGCCCCGGACGAAUACCACAUAGAGCGCGCCCACAGGGCUCUGCGUCCCCCGAGGAGAGAUGGCCUCCCACGCGAUGUGAUAUGCUGCCUCCUCUCCUUUCAGCUUAAAGAAGCCAUCAUGAGAGCGGCGCGCCCGCAACGUAUCAUCUUCCAGGAAGCCCCAAUAUCGCUGUACCAGGAUUUGUCCACCCUCACCUUGGACGCCCGGAGAGAGCUUAGGCCGCUGACACUCAUCCUCCAGGACAAGCGCAUCCCCUAUAAAUGGGGCUUCCCUUUUUGCCUCCAGGCCAAAAAGGACAAUACCUGGUGUUCCCUGAUGGCCCAAUGACCUUCCUAGCUUCCUGCGAGCCCUGGACCUGACGCCAGUCACCAUCCGCAACUGGAUCCUCGACCAACCUCCACUGCGCCUGGACCACCCUGAGGUCCCCCAGCUGCUGCGUAACCAAACACGGAGAGAAGCACAGCCCGUGCGCUAG